AUGACUUUCAUGAGACUUUCGUCUUUGAAGCCUGGGCUCGGUGCUCUUGCGCUUUGCAGUGGACUUUUUCAAACUGCGCAGGCUAUUUCGCUUGAAGUCUCGACAAGUGGCGGAAAUGCUUCAAGCCCUCUCAUGUAUGGAUUUAUGUUUGAAGAUAUCAACCACUCUGGUGAUGGAGGACUCUAUGGUCAGAUGCUACAAAACAAUGGUCUGCAGGGCGCUGAUCCAAACUUAACUGCUUGGGGUACUGUCGGCGAUGCUACGAUAGCAAUUGACUACGACAACCCGCUCAGCUCAGCUAUCCCGCGAUCCCUACGCUUGGAUGUUCCUAGCGAUGCUACUGGAACCGUUGGUGUCACCAACGCCGGCUAUUGGGGAAUCCCAGUGGACGGUAGUGAGCAUAAGACUUAUUUCUGGGUGAAGGGAGACCUGUCUGGAGAUAUCACUGCAAGACUGGUAGGCAAUGGCACCGGAACAGUGUAUGGAUCAACUGCAAUUCCCGUCACCUCGACCGCGGACAGCUUUACGUACAUUGAUGCUUCUUUGUCAACGACCAAAGCGCCCGAUGGAAAUGUCUACUAUGAGCUCUCUUUGGAUGCUUCGGCUGUGGCUGGCUCUUCGCUCUACUUUGGUCUUGUUCAGCUAUUUCCUACUACCUACAAGAACAGAUACAAUGGUCUUCAGCCUCGGAUCGCUAACGUAUUGGAGGCUGUCGAGGCCUCCUUCCUGAGAUUCCCGGGUGGCAACAACAUUAAAGGGAAGGUGAAUCUUUGGAUAAUCGCUGGAAAUGGAAUGAAACAAUCGGAGAUGUUCAAGACCGCCCUGGACGGAUGGGUAAGCAAUGCAGCCAUCAGGUAUUCUAUGGAUCAGACGAUUAACAAUUAUCAAAACACAGGCACAUGGACCUACUACAACACAGAUGGCCUUGGACUUGCCGAGUACUUUUACUGGUGUGAGGAUAUGGGUUUGACACCUUUAUUGGCUGUCUGGGACGGCUUCGCUCUGGAAUCCGGCGCCGGUACCCCAGUGACUGGUGAUGCCCUCACACCUUACAUUGACGAUGUUUUGAACGAACUAGAGUACAUUCUGGGUGACUCAAGCACGACCUACGGUGCAAUCCGCGCAGCGAAUGGGCAAACCGACCCCUGGGAUCUCACCAUGGUGGAGAUUGGCAACGAGGACAUGCUAGGAGGCGGCUGUGACACCUACGCCGAGCGAUUUACCGCAUUCUAUGACGCGAUUCACGCUGCCUAUCCCGAUUUAACUCUGAUCGCCAGUACAAGCGAGCAGAGCUGUCUUCCGAGCACGAUGCCAAAUGGAUCUAUGGUGGAUUAUCACGACUACAACAGCCCCGAUGGACUGGUGUCGCAAUUCAACUAUUUCGAUAAUGUCAGCCGCAACGUGACAUACCUCGUCGGAGAGUACGCACAGACCGGUUCCGAUUACCCUAUCAUGCAGGGCUCUGUGGGUGAGGCUGUGUUUAUGAUUGGUAUGGAGCGUAACAGUGAUCUGAUCAAGAUGGCAUCAUACGCUCCACUCCUGCAGCUUACCAACUCUACUCAAUGGACUCCCAACUUGAUUCCAUUUACUCAGAGCCCUAAUGUGGUUAUCGAGACUACAAGCUACUAUGUUCAACAGAUGUUUGCUUCUAAUCUCGGAGACACCGUCAAAAAGGUGACUAGUGAUUCGGCAUUUGGACCUGUCUACUGGGUUGCAUCCAGUUCCAAUGAUUCGUCCUACUUUGUGAAGCUGGCGAACUAUGGCAGUGAUACUCAGGAUCUAAGUAUUACUAUCGAUGGAAUGACCACUGCGAAGCUUACAGUGGUUGGAGAUGAUGACGCGAAUGCUUCAAAUACAGUUGAUGAGACUCCUGUUGCGCCUGUGGAAUCGACCCUUACAGCCUCGGAUGGGACCUUCACAUUCACUAUGCCUGCGUGGUCGGUUGCUGUGCUGGCUGCGAGCUAA